UCGUCUCUCCAAAGUCCACCGUAGCUUUUUUCCCUUGCCGCCCCGUUCUUUCCAUCGCCCAUUGCCUUUGCUUACACAAUUCAAUUCCCCUUGUACCCGUACCUUCUCCCAGCCAGCCCGUUCGUUUCUUCUCGUCAGUCCCAUCUCGUCACCAUCAACAACCUUACCUUUACUCUCUCCACGUUCACCUUCUUGUACCGUUUCGACGAUCUUCAAACGGUCCUGGCGAAGCCGUUUCACACUCGACUUUAUCACAUCGUCGCCGCCAACAGUAAUCUUUGACUCGACAAGCAGCUGGUGUUGCUUCAAUUGUACCUGCUCCAUUCACUUCGACUUUGUACCAUAUACGCUUAAUCACACGCCUUUCGCUUCUCUCGACUCCGACUUGGACUUGUUCAGUUUCCCCAAUCUGGCUGGCAUCGAGGGGCCGAUCGGGCGCUUGCCCGCGACUUCAUCAUGACCACAACAACAACCUCUGACGGCCACCUUGACCCGCAGGCCCUCAGUGCCACCCAAAGAUCGCGAUGGGCCACACAAAGAAAGAGUGUCAACAGCAGUAACAACAAACGCAAUUCUCUGCUCGAGCGUAUGGGACAUAAGAAGACAGGUUCCAAUGAGAAGAAUCCCCCCUCCGACGGAUCCGACCCUCACGGUGACGAUGGCCAACCGCCCCAAGCAAACCCCGAAGACCUGAAUGGUGGUGAGGCGGACGAGGAUCACGAGAACCGCACCUUAUUCUUCAACCAGCCACUGCCUGAAGAGCUUUUGGAUGAAAACGGACAUCCCACUCAAGUCUUCACGCGAAAUAAAAUCCGAACAGCCAAAUAUACGCCUCUAUCAUUCGUUCCUAAAAACUUGUGGUUCCAAUUCCACAACGUUGCUAAUAUAUUUUUCUUGUUCUUGGUUAUCCUGGUCAUCUUCCCGAUUUUUGGUGGUGUCAAUCCAGGUCUCAACGCCGUUCCGUUGAUUUUCAUUAUUGCAGUAACUGCUAUCAAGGAUGCCAUCGAGGAUUACCGACGAACUAUUCUCGACAUCGAACUCAACAAUGCUCCUGUCCACCGCUUACGAAACUGGAACAACGUCAAUGUUUUGGAGGGCGACGUUUCCAUGUGGCGUCAAUUCAAGAAGGCCAAUUCGAAAUUCUUCGGUUCUAUCUGGCGAGCAACUCAAUCUCUGUGGUCCAAGAAGGCGAAGGAAGAGAGGGCGAAGCGGAAGGCCGGCCCUGCGGAGGAUGAUGCGCCUCGGCCUUCAGUCGAGACGCACCGAACUCGUCAAUCCAUGAGACAGUCCAUUGCAUCGCCUUUCACCGGCCGUGAGUCCUUCAUGUCCGCCCGAGAGGACAUUCAGAUGACUCCUGUUCCGUCACCUUCACCUCAGGCCACACCUGCACAAUUUGAGAUGCCCGACCAGCAAGAUGCCAAGCGCGCAGCAGCUUUAUCGCAGAUGAAGUCUGAUAUUAUCAACUACAACCACCCCCCAUCCGGUGCCCGAUUUCAAAAGGAUACCUGGAAGAGUCUCGUCGUUGGCGAUUUCGUUCGUAUAUAUAAUGACGAAGAAUUGCCCGCGGAUGUCAUCAUCCUAUCUACCUCCGAUCCUGAUGGAGGUUGCUAUGUCGAAACCAAAAAUCUGGACGGCGAAACUAACCUGAAAGUCCGUCAGGCUUUGCGUUGCGGCCGAGGUCUAAAGCAUGCCAGAGACUGCGAACGUGCAGAGUUUGUGAUCGAAAGCGAGGGACCUCAGCCAAACCUCUACAAGUAUAACGGUGCCAUCAAGUGGAAGCAGAAUGUCCCCGGCUAUCUCGACGACGAGCCCGAGGACAUGACGGAACCUAUUACCAUCGACAAUCUCCUCCUACGUGGAUGCAACCUCCGGAAUACUGAGUGGAUUGUUGGUGUAGUUGUUUACACCGGACAUGACACCAAAAUCAUGAUGAACGCCGGUAUCACUCCUAGUAAGCGUGCUCGCAUUGCUCGAGAGAUGAACUUCAAUGUCGUGUGUAACUUUGGUAUCUUGCUUAUCAUGUGUUUGCUCGCCGCUAUAAUAAACGGCGUGGCAUGGGCAAAGACAGAUGCGUCUCUUCACUUCUUCGACUUCGGAUCCAUUGGUGGCAAACCAGCUAUGAGCGGAUUUAUCACUUUCUGGGCUGCAAUCAUUCUGUUUCAGAACUUGGUGCCCAUUUCACUCUAUAUCACCCUGGAAAUUGUGCGAACCUUGCAGGCUAUCUUUAUCUACAGCGAUGUGGAGAUGUACUAUGAGCCGAUCGAUCAACCAUGCAUUCCCAAGUCAUGGAAUAUUUCGGACGAUGUUGGCCAAAUCGAAUACAUCUUUUCCGACAAAACCGGUACUCUCACGCAAAACGUCAUGGAGUUCAAGAAGGCAACGAUCAAUGGACAGCCAUAUGGAGAAGCUUACACGGAAGCUCAGGCAGGAAUGCAGAAGCGACUUGGCAUUGAUGUUGAGAAGGAAGGAGAGAGGGUUCGCGCCGAGAUUGCUGACGCCAAGGUUCGGGCGCUUGCUGGUCUUCGCAAAAUUCACGACAACCCAUAUCUUCACGACGAGGCUUUGACAUUCAUUGCUCCUGAUUUCGUUUCCGAUCUCUCUGGUGAGUCAGGCCCCGAGCAGCAGGCAGCCAACGAGUAUUUCAUGCUAGCCCUGGCUCUCUGUCAUACUGUAAUGGCUGAGAAGGUUGAUGGCGACAAACCAAAAAUGAUUUUCAAGGCACAGUCACCAGAUGAAGAAGCCUUGGUUGCCACUGCUCGUGAUAUGGGUUUCACUGUUCUCGGAAGCUCUGGUGAAGGCAUCAAUCUGAACGUGAUGGGCCAGGACCGACAUUAUCAAAUUCUUAACACACUUGAAUUCAACUCUAGUCGAAAGCGAAUGAGUUCAAUUGUCCGGAUGCCUGAUGGUCGCAUCGUUCUCUUCUGCAAAGGUGCAGACAGCAUCAUCUACUCUCGCCUGAAACGAGGCGAACAGAAGGAGCUCAGAAAGACGACUGCUGAGCAUCUCGAAAUGUUUGCCCGGGAAGGUCUUCGAACACUGUGUAUUGCCCACAAGGAAGUUUCCGAGCAGGACUACCGAGCUUGGAAGAAAGAACACGAUGCAGCUGCUUCUGCUCUCGAAGAGCGGGAAGAGAAGCUAGAAUCAGUGGCCGAGCUGAUUGAACAAGAUCUCUACCUUAUUGGUGGUACCGCCAUCGAGGAUCGUUUACAAGAUGGGGUACCCGACACAAUUGCUCUCUUGGGCAAUGCUGGCAUCAAGCUUUGGGUUCUCACUGGCGACAAAGUUGAGACUGCUAUUAAUAUCGGCUUCUCUUGUAACCUUCUGAACAACGACAUGGAACUGAUUCACCUCAAGGUCGACGAGGACGAGACAGGCGAGAUCACCGACGAGACCUUCUUUGACAUGGCAGAAAGACUAUUGGAUGACAACCUUCAGACAUUUGGCAUUACUGGUAGCGAUCAUGAUCUCGCGCUUGCCAAGAAGAACCACGAACCGCCUGCCCCAACCCACGGACUUGUCAUUGAUGGUUUCACACUCCGAUGGGUACUCAACGACCGCCUGAAGCAAAAGUUUCUCCUGCUCUGCAAGCAGUGCAAGUCGGUUCUCUGUUGUCGAGUCAGUCCUGCGCAGAAGGCUGCCGUUGUGGCUAUGGUCAAGAACGGUCUCGAUGUCAUGACCCUUUCCAUUGGUGACGGUGCCAACGAUGUUGCCAUGAUCCAGGAAGCCGAUGUUGGUGUCGGUAUUGCUGGUGUUGAAGGCCGUCAAGCGGCCAUGUCUUCUGACUAUGCUAUUGCUCAAUUCCGAUUCCUUCAGAGACUGGUGCUCGUCCAUGGUCGAUGGUCAUACCGCCGUCUGGCAGAGAGUAUCAGCAAUUUCUUUUACAAGAACAUGGUCUGGACCUUUUCCAUUUUCUGGUACGAGAUCUAUUGUGAUAUGGAUAUGACAUAUCUCUUCGACUACACAUACAUUCUCAUGUUUAACCUCUUCUUUACUUCGGUCCCUGUCGCUAUUAUGGGUGUUCUGGAUCAGGACGUGUCUGACAAGGUAUCGUUGGCUGUUCCUCAGCUCUACCGACGAGGUAUCGAGCGACUGGAGUGGACCCAGCUCAAGUUCUGGUAAGUAGUCCUUGACAUCGAUGCCCUGUGCUAACUCUGCCAAAGGCUCUACAUGAUUGAUGGUGUUUAUCAGUCCAUCAUGGUUUUCUUCAUUCCGUAUCUUCUGUUUAUGCCUGGCACCUUCUUGACUGGCAACGGCCUUGGCGUAGAGGACCGUCUUCGAUUUGGCGCCUAUGUUGCUCACCCCGCCGUCAUCACGAUCAACAUGUACAUUCUGAUCAACACCUAUCGCUGGGAUUGGCUGAUGGUGCUCAUUGUUGUCAUCUCUGAUGUAUUCAUUUUCUUCUGGACUGGAGUGUACACUUCCUUCACCUCGUCGGCGUUCUUCUAUGGUACUGCUGCACAGGUAUAUGGAGAAGCAACCUUCUGGGCAUGUUUCUUCCUCGUACCUGUCAUCUGUCUCUUCCCGCGAUUUGCUAUCAAGGCUCUGCAGAAAGUGUACUGGCCUUACGAUGUCGAUAUCAUUCGUGAGCAGGAACGAAUGGGUAAAUUCGCACACCUCGACCAGGUCGAAGAGGCCAGUGAUCCUCUCACCGCAGACACCAAGAGUGACAAGUCCAAGUCAUCUAAGAGCUCAAGGAGGUCAAAGAAGAUGCCCAAGCACGUGGCUUAUGGCAGUGUUGAUGAGGAUCUACGGCCUAUUUACCCCCCUUCAACAGCGACACGAACCACGACAUAUAAUCAGCACAGCCAAAAUGGCAGCGACUCGACCAAUUACACGGCACAUCGAAUAUCGUUGGAUGUACCAAUGCAAGCCCGGCCAUCGAUUGACCGAGCGCGACCAUCAUACGAUCGUAUGCGAGCCUCGAUGGACAGGGUGAGACCCAGCUUUGAGGCCAGCAACGACUUCACAUCGGCAGCGCGACUAUCGAGGAUCGAGUCAAGUCAAUCGCAAGGAGGUCGAUUCCGCCCUCGACUUAGAGGACUUUCGUUGACUAAGAGUGCCAACAUAUAAUUCCGGCCCUUUGCAUCGCGCUGUACAUGAUGCUCAACUCGACUUUUGCCGACGACACGGCUCUGCGGACCCGAUGCCGAGUUUUGUUUCGCUCGACCUUUCCUUGCUUUUGAUAUCCCAGGCCUCAGACAGCCAGUGAUGCACUUACGAUCUGCAUGAGCGAUCUAUGAGUUGCUUUCCGCGGUCUUUGUAUGCUCAUGCGCUUUAGCACGCAACGAAGGCAACGAGGUCGAAUUGGUUUUUAUUUAUUUCAUAAUACCCCCUAUGCUUCAACUGUAUUGAACUAGGAGGUUUGCUUUUACACACGCAGGGCGUUAUAAGGGGAAAUGUAAAAGGGGUUUUUUGUUUUCUUGUAUGAAUUGAUUUGAUUCUUUGGCGGCUUCGGUACUAUCACUUUUAGUCUUCCUUCAUCUCCCAUGUUGUUUCACACUUUUCUUUUUAGCAUCUUUAGAGCUGGAAAGCAGCAAACCCAUUCUCUGACGAAGAUACAUUUCAUUAUUGCGUUGUUGAAGAGAGGGAGAAUAGCGAGACGAGGAGACGGGUUGACUGGGGCUGGAGAGGAUGUCACACUUGAGGAAGCGAGCUUGAAAGACAGAAAGACAGAAAGAGUGGGAGAAUACAGCGGUAUUGAUGCUGUAAAUAAGAAGCAGUUAUAUAAUCAGGUUACCAUCUCCUUUUGGAGACCAGAGACGAAAAUCAAUAAGACGAUUUGCAAAUUCAAUCUCACGUUCGAACCCGAG